AUGGCCGUGCCAACAACAGUUCAAUUGGUUGAACUUGCCCUGUCGAUACUGCCCAAGUUCGUCGAUGCCGCCCGCCAGCGGAGCUCGAAAUCAACAGAAGGAUCUCCUCGUUAUAACUUCUACCAAACAUCCCAGGCCACCUAUGUCGACCUUAGCGAGACACUCGGAGCCCUCUCGGAGCGAAGGAUAGAGGCGACAGUGGUGUCAUCAGAGUCGAUCGAGUUUAACGCUGUAAUAGCCCAACUGUUACAAAGUCUGGAAGACAUUGCAGGGAUUGACCCGAUACAAGAGGCGUCUCAGCUCCAGUAUCCGAAACUAAGAAACCUGCGAUUCGCAGAAGCAAACGAUUCCAACGACUUCUGUGGCCUCCGUCAAUUCAAGCACAAGGCGAAGAAGAACGACCGACGUCAACACAAGGAAGCUCUUGACCGCUCCCUUCGGCGGUUGAAGGCCUUGCUGGAGAGAAACGUGUGCAGCAACACCGACUCAACCGAAAGAGUAGACGCUGUGCCUGGCAGAUCAAACCAGAGUAAUACUUUACAUCCGGCCACUGCCAGAAACAAUGUGCCCACCAUAUUCCACAAAGCCAUGGCCGCGUGUUGGCAAUGUGAGCACUGGCCGCCUCACCAAGCUCAACUUCGCCUCGCGACCUGCCGUCCCUUGGACGAGGCUGGUUCACUGAAGUUCGAUUUGUUGUUUUCCACCGAACCAGAGCGAAAUUGGAAGAAGGCUCAGAUAACCCUUGCAAGGGACAAAAUUGAAGAAAAGUCUUCUUCGGUUACGUUCAGUGAUCAUGUCACACAGAUGCCUAUACGUGUCAUUUCGAAAACGAUACCAGCAUCUGAGAAAGGCAUUGACAAGAAGCCAAGCAUGUCUUCCGGGCGGUCCCAAACAGGGGACCAUUCGUCACAACCCACAAUAACUGGUGCUUCCUCUGCGGACGGUAGCCUUGAUGCUAAUGUUCGCUCUGAUCAUUUCGUGGAGAUCUUGGAGGCCUCUAUGGGAGGCAUAUGUCAGCUUGUUUCCAGCCUCGACGCGCAGCGACAACUUGUCCUGCUUGUGGCGAAAGAGACAAAGACUGGACCUUCCUUGUCUGGGAAGUUGGAAACGUUCCCGUGCGAUCAAAUUCUCAACGUCCUUUCGCUCAAGGACAGUCUGGGAGCCGCCAAAACAGCGAAAGGCGUCAGUCUUCGGCAGCAGGACCAGAAAGAGAAACUUCUUCUGGCAGUUGUCCUAUCGCAUGCCAUGAUGCAACUCUACGGCUCUCCCUGGACGCACCGCGAAUGGACUAAUUCUAGACUUGGCUUCGGGCUGUGCAAUAAGCAGAGAAACACCCUCGCCAAUAUGCUGGAGCUGUACCUCUCCUCGAUGCUGGACGAACGCGCAAGCUCAGAGAAUGUCCAUGCCCAGCACAAGCAUCCCCGUCUCCUAGAUCUCGGAAUUCUCCUUUUAGAAAUUGAACUCGGUGGUCCCCUGGAAAGACAUCAGCUUCCCACCCACCUGGGGAGCAACGGAGAAACGCUUGCAAAUACAAAGAUCCUAAUAGCCGAACGGUUACUUCAAUCCGAUAAACUCUGUCAGACCUUUCCAGACUAUAGGGACGCCAUCAUGGCUUGUCUGAAUGCCAAGGACUGUUUGGGCAAGGAUCAUGAAUACGUCCAGAGGAAGAUCCAGCAAGAUAUUGUUGAGCCUCUUGAAACCUUGCUGGCCAAUGCUUACAAGAUCAAAAUCGACGGCAAUGCUGUAUAUGUCGGAGACAAAAUCCUCGCGGCUGACGAAAGCCCCGGAACCUUUCCGUUGCAAGAGCCAGCCGGCAGUGUAGCCGAUCUUCAGGUUGAACAAACAGUAUCUCCGUCAGUCAGUGUCGGCCAAUUUCUCGACUGUGAGGCCGAACUCGUGAGUGACAACCCAUCGUCCUGGCAUUAUGCAGACAAGUGGUUCGAACAGUUGGAAGCACAUGUUCAGCCACUUCUAGAAGCACUGAGGGAGGCGGCAUCGUCGCAACCAACACCGCGAACCCUCCCACGAGUGAAGAUUGCGAUUUUGGACACGGGGAUUGACGCCUGCACUGCCCGGUCAAAAAUCAUAGUGAGCCACCCCUCCCUCAAGGCAAGAGGUAACAGCUGCAUCAAAGCCUAUCGCAGAUGGACAGACAGUGAUCCGAUUGAGGGCAGCGUGCCAACCCAAAUGACCGAUCCACAUGGACAUGGCACCCAUGCCACGGCCUCACUCACCAGAGUCGCACCGUUUGCGGAUAUAUACGUGGCCCAGAUCGUAAAGGGCGAUGCGAUAUUUGAACCAGAUGCAGACGCCGUUGCAGAUGCGAUCGAUUUCGCAACUAAAAAAUGGGAUGUCGACAUCAUAACCAUGUCCUUUGGCUUUCCCAAACCAGCCAAGAACUCCCCGAGUGACAUGAAGAGAAUCAUCGCCGCGAUCGAGCGAGCCAACGCGAAACAUAUCAUCAUGUUCGCUGCCGCCUCCAACGGCGGCCGGAUUACAGGACAGAUGUUCCCGUCGACACUCGACGAAGUGAUCGCCGUACGCUCGGCCGACGUCCACGGCAACCCCUCCAAAUUCAAUCCCCAGAUCUCCAAGCUCGGGCCCUACUCUUACCACUUCAACGUGAUUGGGGAGUACGUGUCUUCGGCGUGGCCAUUCAGGUUGGACCCAAAGGGUUCCAGGCGACAGUCGGGGUCCUCGGUCGCGACACCCAUCGCGGCAGGCGUCGCGGCCAUUGUGCUCGAGUAUGUGAAAUGCAAGUUGUGCGAGUCACCCGAUAUCCACGAGCAAGAAAUACUAUGGUCCAGGUUUCGGCGGCAGUCGCAUGGACUCGGGGUACGAAAAGCAUUGGCACUGCUGUCUGAACAGGGAGACUGCAAGGGUCCCGACUUUAUUCGUCCCUGGGGAGUUCUGUCUCAUCACGACCCCGACAAAGCUUGGAGGAUGUUUCAGGAGAUAUUGGUCUAA